AUCGUGAAGGGAGACAACCUACUAACGAGUAUUCAUACUCGACGUUCAUACGACAUGUGGACCUAUUCGCAUCCCAAUUGUGAAGUUGAUCCUGUUUCCGAUGGAGGUCAGCAAUCCUGACACAUCUUCGUCAGGAGGACCUAAAAUUGCCUGCUUCGUCAAUUAUCGUAGCAAUCCUGAACAUCGUCAUCCCUUGCGUAAAAUAUGCCGUCCCAACAAGAGGUCCAGCACGUCCACCGCAGCGGUACAUACUCCUUUCGGUGCUGUGCAUGCAGAGGAGUCCAUGUACUGUGAAAGUCUCAUCGCAUUUUGGGGACUACCAUACGCUGUUGCACUUCAUGGAGGCUCGGCGAGCACCGAGGACGACGGACUGCCUCGAGCGAACCCUAACGGAUAUCCGUCACAGGGUUCGAAUGAAAAGCGUAUGCACGGCGAGUAUCCGCUUUCUGACCCCGUACCUUUUGUCGAGAAGUAAUACUCCAUGUUGAUCCUCAGCUUGGCUGCCGCACCCCCCUCCGAACGGUCGAUGGCAACAACCUCCACCUCCAGCCAUCGACGGGUCCUUCGUGCACGAUGCAGAUGUACAUAUGUCCUCACAUUACUAAGCCUUGACUCGGCAACAGGGCCUGCCAAUGGCCCUGAAUUCCGUUCGAUCUAUGUGUAUAGGGACACCGCUUGCAACUCGUUGUAAGGGGAAGGAUGUUGAUGUACUGCGCCGGGCUUGAAAUAUUCACUCAAUUAUUCCCCUAACUCUCAAACAAGCUUUCUAUCAUAUUGUAAUGUAUACUCAGGAAAAAUAAAGUUCGUCUACAAGCAAAGAAAAAAAAUUGCCUUUUU